GCUGUCAUUCGCCAGGCACGAUUGUGUUUGUCACGUGACUGCGAGGGGACUAUGCCAAACUGCAGAGUUUUGCAAAGUAUAAUACGGAUUCUUAUGGAAAGUGACUUUUGUCGGGUACCUUCAGUUUACAUUUUGUUAACCUUUUUAGCGCGAGGACUGUUUGUUGUACUGUGGUCACAAACAGCUUGAUUACAUACAUGUACCGUGUUACCUACAUUCUCACACUCUUAACAACUUCGUAAAACAAACAGUACAACUAAAGCCUUGGUCAUAUCAAAAUGGAUUGGACGUUUUUGGCACUGGUUGUGCUUGGGGUUUUCUCCAUUGUCUCUGGAAAGAUAUGUGAGGUUCCGAGUGGAAACGCAAACCUGAUCACAUCCCUCAACAAGAAGCUGCUGAGGUCUGUGGAGGACGAGUCAGAGGAGCCCAACCCCAGCGUGUACCUCGGCCUGCGCCUCUCCAGUACACACAGCCUGAGCCUGGAGCUGGAGUACCUGGCCAAGCUGCAGACCACGCUGGUGCCCAGCCUGAAGAGCUCCCUGUCUGAACACAAGCCUCAGCCAAUCACCGGCCUGCUGGCUCUGCAGGCCUUAGCACUGCGAGCUGCGUGUGCAGACCCCAUCACAGCCACUCUCAACGACAAGACAGUUCUGCAGCAUCUCAAGCAACAGCUGCACCACGAGAAGGAACACAUUGCCAAUUCCAAUAGACCGUUAACCAACUACUACCAGUACAGCCUGGGAGUGCUGUCUCUGUGUGUGAAUGGAGUGCGACUCAAUCCCCACGUCAUCCACAAACUCACUGAGGCCCAGAAGCACAGUGCAUUCCUACACAAAGACUCUGCCAGCGUGGACACUGAGGCAAUGGCAGGGCUGGCGUUUCAGUGUUUGAAAGACUCUGCAGAGCUUUACGAUGCCCGGCUGAACGAGCAUGUCCAGCACGCUCUGGGAGCAGUAAAAGCAGAGCUGGUGAAAGCCCAGGAUGAGAAAGGGCUCAUCGGGAAUGUGUUUAGUACCCCACUCGCGGUUCAGGCUCUGUUGGCUAUGAAUUCUGCAGCUUCUCAGUGCUCUACAGCAGUGGAAACUUUGGUGACUGAGAUGAGUCUGGGGACCUUUCACAACCCAAUGGCUAUAUCCCAACUACUCCCAGUGCUCCAUCAAAAGACCUAUCUAGACAUUAGCAAAAUGGACUGCACUGGAGAGGACGACAGCCUGGUGCUGGAGCCGAGGCCCCCUGCUGGUGACCUGCCCCCUGAGAAGGUGAUGGUGCGUGUGGUGGUGAAGAGUUCAGAAGUCGGGCCUGCGAUCUACACGGGGCGAGUGAGGGUCCCCAAGGGCUCGUCCCUGCACGACGCACUGAAGGAGAUGCAGAGACAGAAACCACAGGAGUUCACGUUUGAGACAGUGGAUAGCCUAUGGGGUCCUUACUUGACCACUGUGUUGGGAGUGAUGACCCAGCAGGCAAACCAGACCUACUGGCAGCUCAUCAAGUCUCCAGACACACCUCUGAUAGAAGGUAUUGCAGAUUAUAAAAUUGAACACGGAGACACUUUCAUUUUAAGAAAAAGCAAGUGGUAGUUUGGACAAUGAGCUGUUGCCUUCAUCACCAUUUCACCACAUGAUUAUUAAAACUUUCACAUUCACUUGUAAUGAGUGUAAAUGAUACACGGAUAACAAACAGAAUGUAUCGCUGUGUACUUUAUUCAAUUCCACAUUUAUUUUCGUAUGAUACAAUUAAUCUGACACAUUUGAGGCCUAAUAUUGUUCACCUCAUUUUUAUAUACUCACUGCUUAAAAGAAAAGACAUGCAAUUGGUAAAUGUCUAUUGUUUUCAUUUGAAGCAUACCUAAGCCAUUAUCAUUUUGGUAUAUUACCCUGAAGAAACUCCUUCAGCAGAAUUACUAGCUAUUGUCACACAAUGGUUUUGGAACACAUAUUUAGUAUUAACAUUGGAUAAAGAGUGAGUAUUGUCCAUUGUAGUGCUACUAAUUUGCUAAGAGGUAUGCAACACAAUGCUAUGUUAAAUAAGCCAUCUCACAGAUUGUAUUACAUUGUAUAACAUUGCUAGCAAUGCUGAGUUUGCGUAUGUGGGACGUUUGUAUGCAAAUACAUGCUGGUAGAGUCUGCAGACAGCAUUGUAAAUUUGAAUUUAAACAAAUGUGGGAAGGGGGCAACAUAAACAGGUUGUUUGUUGUGUGUAAAAUAUACUCUGUUUCAACCUGCAUCUACCAAACAAAUGAUGUACAGGGCACUGAAAUGAUUUGCAAAACAACUGCAGAAAGACGUUUUGCAGUUCAGGCUGAUAUGAAUAAUCCAUGUUAUCAUUAAGCAGUCACUCCCUGUGCUUUGCAUUUGCUAAAGGGCAAUAACUAGGGUUAGAGUAGAACUUAGGUAAGGUAAGAUUAUAAAGAGAAAAACCAAGAUUGAUGUUGAUCCCUUUUAUUGAACCAGCAAAACAAGUCACUUCAUAGUCGUUUGCAUUUUAAAAGGAACUGGAUACUAACUAGAACACAUCGCCACUAUUGUUCAAAAUGGGUGGAAAUGUGAGUAAUACUGUACUGUACCACAGAUGCUUCGGGGUAUUGGCUUUCUGGUCUGAUUUUAGUACAGCUCACUAACAAAGAUAAAGCAAAUGUGAAUUGUUAUUUACUCUGAUUUGUGAAGGUGUUAAUCCUUGAUGCACAUAUCUCUUAACCAGUACACAGGGGUAAUGCUGAUUAAAUGUGUUUGAUUAAAAUAAAAUCUGAUUGACAAAAAACAA